AUGAGAAACAGUACAGUAACAACAUUCAUUCUGCUGGGACUGACAGAUGACCCUCAGCUGCAGGUUCUGAUUUUUAUCUUUCUCUUUCUCACCUAUAUGCUGAGCAUAACUGGGAACCUGACUAUCAUCUCCCUCAUCUUAUUGGAUUCUCACCUUAAAACAGCCAUGUACUAUUUCCUACAAAAUUUCUCUUUCUUGGAGAUCUCAUUCACAUCCGCCUGUAUUCCCAGAUACUUGUAUAACAUAGCAACAGGUGACAAAGUCAUUACCUACAAUGCCUGUGUCAGCCAAGUAGUUUUUAUUGACCUCUUUGGUGUAACUGAAUUUUUUCUCCUGGCCACCAUGUCCUAUGACCGCUAUGUGGCCAUCUGCAAACCCUUGCAUUAUGUGACUAUCAUGAGUAGCACAGUCUGCAGAAGACUUGUCUUCUGUUGUUGGGUAGCUGGUCUAUUUAUUAUAAUCCCUCCACUUAGCCUAGGCUUAAAUCUGGAAUUUUGUGAUUCUAAUACCAUUGAUCAUUUUAUCUGUGAUGCAUCUCCUAUGCUGAAAAUCUCUUGUUCAAAUACUUGGUUCAUGGAACAGACUGUUAUAAUCUGUGCUGUGGUGACCUUCCUUAUGACACUUAUGUGUGUGGUACUGUCCUACAUUUAUAUUAUCAAGACAAUUUUAGGAUUCCCUUCUGCCCAGCAAAAGAAAAAAGCCUUUUCUACCUGUUCUUCCCACAUGAUUGUGGUUUCCAUCACUUAUGGCAGCUGCAUCUUCAUCUACAUCAAACCUUCAGCAAAGGAAUCAGUGGUUAUUAACAAGGGUGUGACAGUGCUCACUACUUCCAUUGCUCCAGUGCUGAACCCUUUCAUUUACACACUGAGGAACAAGCAAGUCAAACAAGCCUUCCAUAACUCAAUCAAAAGAAUUGAGGUAUUUUUCAAUAAGAGAAUGUGA